ACGAAUGUGCUCGAGUCCUGACCAUCUUAUGAUUUAAAAAAUAUACACUUAACCUCUUAAGUUUGUUAAUAAUAAAAGUAAAAUCUUAAAAAGUUAGAGAUUUCUUGAGCUUAAUAGAUGAAAUCUUGAAACUCCAAAAUAAAGGAAAAGACCUUAUUUUUGAAAGUCAAAAGAAACUCAUUGAAGGCAAUAGCCAAAUAAGAGAAGGCCAAGAUAAAAUGCUCGAAGGCCAAGAAAUAGUCGAUGAAGGCCAUAGCCUUAUGGAUGAAAGCCAAGAAAAAAUUAUCAAAGGCCAUGAGUUAUUGAAUAUGGGACAAGAUGCCCUUGAAGAAGUCAAAGAGCUAAUAGAAAAUUUAAUGAAAUCUAGAGCAAUUACUAUUGUCAGAAUCAGCUCCAAAUGGCAAAGAAAAGCUUCCAACAAGAGUUAAAAGAAAAUUUUGAAUAAAGUGAUCCUUCAAUAGGGUUACUUGGAGAAAGUUCAGGAAAGUGUGACUAUUAUAUCAAAUACUCUCCUCUAUAUCAACAUCUCAAGCUAAAAAGUCGACUAUUCAAACUGGAGAAAGCCAUAAUUGUCAACCUGAUUACUCAAGAAAGAAAGUUACAAUAAUAAAAACUUUGUUAAAAAUAACAAGGACUGAAGAAUAUCUGCAGCAAUACCGCAAAAUUUGUAAAAUGGCAUAUUCAAUGAGGCCGACUAAGAAUUGCCAUCUUACUAUGAAGGGAUUUAUCCCAGAAUUAAUUUUAUGCAACGUUCUAACCCGAAAGCAAUAAAAGAAGUAUUCCACUAUGGUUUUGUAAAUUGUAUCUAUCUCUGAAAAAAUAAUAAGGAGAUUUUAGAAUU